GUGGGCUCCGGGCGGGAAAGAUGGCGUCGGCCAUGCUGGUGCUUGUGGUCCCGCCGUGGCCGGCGGCCCGGGGGCUGCUCAGGAACGGUUGGGAGCUGCUACUGCGGACGCUUCAGCAGAGCCGGCCAGGCCUUCCCGGGCCUCCGUGGGGACCCGCAUUAGCAGUCCAAGGUCCGGCUGUAUUUACAGAACCGGCACAUGACACCAAUGGAAGUAAGGAGAUUUCCAGCCUUUUGGAUAGUAUCUUCUGGAUGGCAGCUCCAAAGAACAGGCGCAGCAUUGAAGUUAACCGCUGUAGGAGAAGAAACCCACAGAAGCUUAUUAAAGUUAAGAACAAUAUUGACGUUUGUCCUGAAUGUGGUCACCUGAAACUGAAACAUGUCCUUUGCGGCUUUUGCUAUGAGAAGGUGUGCAAGGAGACUGCAGAAAUCAGAAGACAGAUAGGGAAACAAGAAGGGGGCCCUUUCAAGGCUCCUCCCGUGGAGACUGUGGUGCUGUACACAGGAGAGGCACCGUCUAUACAAGAUCAGGGUAAGAGAAUCAUUGAACGAGACAGGAAGCGACCAUCCUGGUUCACCCAGAAUUAAGACCAAAGAGGUUUGAAGAGGAUAACUGCAUAUUGAACAUUUGUCCUGAAAGGGAGGGAAAUUUUUUAUUCUCAUGUUGGUUUUGUGCUUGUUUUUAAAUCAUCAGUCUAGUUUAAAACAUUCUCUCGAAGCAGUUAGUUUUGUUUGGGUAAUUUGAAGAAUAAACCAGGAGUAAACUCUGAAAAUAAUGGUUUAUUACAGAGACACAACAGAUUAAUAUGUUUCUGUUAUACUGAAUAUAAAAUUUCCAGUACAGAAAAAUAAAUGAUUUAAAAUUCAUAGCAAGAA